UAAAUGCAUGAGAUUAGAGAUGUCAAGAGGAGGCAGCGCAGCCUCCAUCAUAAACUGACUGAGAGGCUGUAAACAACAGAGCAACAUUUUCAUAUAGAUACUUAUCAGACACAGAGCUGCUUUUCUGGUCAGUGGGAGAGCACAAGAGAGAGAGAGAGAGAGAGAUUUGUGUGACGCGUGCGUGCGUGUGUGUGUGUGUGUGUGUGACAGCGUUCCCUCAGUGCGCAGUACAGAGACAGGUGUGCUGACACUCAUUCUAACCGGCUGAUGCGCUCUGGAGCUGCGAGCAGGAUCCUCUGGGAGACGCGUGUCACUCGAACGGCCGGAGAUGCUUUGUAGACCCGGAUCUCUGCGCUACACGUGCUGAAUCGCAUACCUGCGCACGUAUCCCUUACGCAUCUUAGAACACUCCACACGCUCGUGCAUUCGUGUAAACCAUGGAUUCUCUGGCCAACGACACGGACGGACUGGAUAACUCCUUGAAGUACUCUAAGUGUGAACAGACGGAGAAGAUGUGGAUUAGGCUGAAGGGAAUGCAGAAGUACAAAAGCACAUCUCAAAGAUUGAGAUGUCUGGUGAAGCAACUGGAUAAGGGGGAGGUGAAUGUCGUUGAUCUGAGGAAAAACAUUGAAUAUGCUGCAUCGGUUUUGGAAGCCGUGUACAUCGACGAAACUAGGCGGCUUCUGGACACAGAGGAUGAGCUCAGUGAUAUCCAGGCAGACUCUGUGCCCAUGGAGGUGCGAGAUUGGCUGGCCUCCACCUUCACCAGGAAGAUGGGAGUGGUGCGCAGACGGCCGGAAGAGAAGCCCCGGUUUCGCAGCAUCGUACACGCCGUUCAGGCUGGGAUCUUUGUUGAACGAAUGUACAGAAGAACAUCCAAUAUGGCAGGGUUGAACUAUCCAUCAUCUGUAAUUACAGCUCUAAAGGAUGUUGAUAAAUGGUCAUUUGAUGUCUUCAAGCUUCAAGAGGCGAGUAGUGAACACGCUCUGAAGUUCCUUGUGUAUGAACUGCUCACCAGAUACGACUUGAUCAGCCGCUUCAGGAUACCAGUGUCCUCCCUUGUGUCAUUUGUGGAAGCUCUGGAAAUAGGUUACAGCAAGCACAGAAACCCCUACCACAAUUUGAUCCAUGCUGCUGAUGUCACGCAGACGGCACACUAUCUGAUGCUACACACUGGCAUUAUGCACUGGCUCUCUGAACUGGAAAUAUUGGCCAUGGUGUUUGCUGCUGCAAUCCACGACUUUGAACACACUGGAACGACCAAUAACUUCCACAUUCAGACCAGAUCAGAAGUGGCCAUCCUGUACAAUGACCGCUCGGUUCUAGAAAACCACCACGUGAGUGCAGCCUACAGACUCAUGCAAGAAGAUGAGAUGAACAUCCUGGUCAACCUCUCGAAGGAUGACUGGAGGGAGCUGCGUACGCUGGUGAUUGAGAUGGUCAUGAGCACAGAUAUGUCCUGCCAUUUCCAGCAGAUCAAGACGAUGAGGAAUGUACUGCAGCAGCCGGAGGGAAUAGACAAGGCUAAAGCGCUGUCCCUGAUGCUGCACGCGGCUGAUAUCAGCCAUCCCGCUAAGGGCUGGAAACUGCACUACCGCUGGACACAAGCCCUCAUGGAGGAGUUCUUCAGACAAGGUGACAAGGAAGCAGAACUAGGGCUGCCGUUCUCUCCAUUAUGUGACCGGAAAGCUACUAUGAUUGCCCAGUCUCAGAUAGGGUUCAUUGAUUUUAUCGUCGAGCCCACGUUCUCUGUUCUGGUCGACACCACAGAGAAGAUCAUUAGUCCUCUCAUAGAGGAAGCUGUAAAAUCUGGGGGUGUCCGCAGGUCAAGUUUGACGGGACGGGGCUCAGCCGCAGUGGUGGAGUCGGUACAGAGACACAGCGGUCGAGGUUCGAAUGACGAGCAGGGAGGCGCUACAGAUUACUCACUGUGCGGCAUCGACCUGAAACGAGUCCAACACCUGCUCUCUGAGAUCAUCCAGAACAACAAGGAGCGCUGGAAAGAGCUGUCUGUUAAAGAGUUGGCCAAUAAACAGCAUGAGAAAAUGGCAGUCCUAGAAGAGGAGCCCAUGACAAACACACAAGUCACACUGUCCCACAGCAGUCCAGCCAGAGGGAGUCAGGAAUCAGAGUCAAAGUCCCUGAACGAACUGAACAAUACAGACUCCACUCACUCUUCCCAGGACUCUCUCGACCAGAGUUCCCAGUCCCCUACAGAGGGACCGGGCGACGGGUCACCAGAGGGACACAGCUCAGAAACUUUACCUUGGAACGGCAAAAGCGCCUGAUGUCACAAGGAGCGUGCCAAGCCUGAAUGGUUUUAAUCAGAAACAGGUAUUGUAUUAUAAUGCCAUUAUACUCUCGGGCUCAGAGGGGUAAUCGUGCAGACAGACGCACAGAAUGUCCACGGAGCGCCUCAUAGAGACGGUAGUGUGCAGUGUUGUAAUGGCGACUGUGUUAUUGCUGGAGAUGGACCUCUAUCAUCUCCUUGAGGAGGAUUUAGUGAGUCCCUGAAACACAACGCUACCUAUUUGCGUCCUGGGCGUCAUUCCUGUUGGCUCAAUUAUUUCUUUGUAAAUUGUUUUUCUUUUCUUUUUUUUUUUUAUUGUGUUUUUUUUUGUAGACUUCCAUUAUUUAUUAAAGAUUACACAGCUACACUUUGCACCAAAAUUAGCUUCAGUAUUUUAUUUUCGCUAUACAGUCAUGCUUACCAACUCCUUGUGGCACAUUGGGUCACAUUAGGACUGGACUAUUUGACCUCAUUCUUCUGACUUACUAAUUAAUGUUAUUCCCUCCAAUUUCCAGAACAAUCCAUAAAGAGUUUUUUUUUGUUUUUUGUAGCGUGAUACAUAUACUAUGCAGCUGUAAAACAGCUGCCUAUUAUAUCAUAAGCCAAUUUUUUUUUUUUUUUUUACAGUAGAUGUCCUCAAGGGGGCAUUAUUUCAAAUCAAAUCACAUUCUCCAAAUAAACAAAACUCUGUACCUUUAAAUCCAUACAGUAUUAUAGCUCAUAGCAGUGUGUAAAUAAAUGUUAUAUACACUGGCUGUGUUUAGAAUGGAAUACUAGCGUAAUACUCGCCAAAUACUGUGCAGUAUGUACUGUUUAAAAUAGUGAAACAAAAUAUGAAACAAUAAACAUUUAAAUUUAAAGGAACAUACUAUGUUUUGUGUUAAAAAGUUUUAGUCCAGUGUUAGAAAUUGUUAAUAUUGCAUUCAUUCGUCAUGAUACACUGGAAAUGAAGGGGCCAAAUCAAGCAAUUUGGCAAAUGGAGUAGAUAUAUACUGUGUCCUGUAUACAUACUGUGCUCUGUACUACAGAAACAGUAAUAGUGUGCUUUUCUGAACACAGCCUUUGUGCAUUACACUGUUUCAGAAUCUCAGAUCAAUCAUGAGGUACUAAACAUAUGCUACCAAAUCACUGUAUCAUGUUUUAUAAUGUUUAUGUAAAAAUACUGAUCAAUUAUUAUUAUUAUUUUUUUGCAUUAUAUAUGACAUUAACUGCCAAAAUCAAAAUUGUUGUAAUUUGUAUCUCUUUUAAGGUCUAUAGUGGCUGUCUUCAUCUUCACACAUUUUUAAAGAACAUUCAAGCUCAGGGUCUGUUUCAUUGUAGGAAGUAAGUUUAUUAAAUAAUAAUAAUUAUUAUUAUUAAAUUCAUUUAUCAGUCAAUGAUGAUAGAACACCUGUAGUAUAUUUGUUUAAAUCAUCCCUCAAUGACUUUCAGAUAAAAUUUGUCUAGUAAAUAUGAAUCUAUUGAAGGAAAAAGUUCUUGCUUCAACUUUUUUUUUUGCAUUGAUAUUAAUUUCUUUACAGCUAAGCAUAUUCGUCCACAAAGUCUUAUGAUGAUGCCAAAAAAAUAAAAAUAAAAAAAUAAAAAAAUAAAUAAUCA